AUGGAGGUCUUCAAUCUGUGGAGGGAUUAUCUGGGACUAGCCAAUGUGGUGGGGGCUCUCCGGAAGGAAAAACUGGAGCCCCGGGUGGCAGGUACAGAACCAGGCCCAGAUCCUGGACCCAGUCUGAGGCAGGACCUCCUGCCCCCCAGGAACUCCCUCUGCACCUUUUGCAAGCACAACGGGGAGUCUCAAAACAUCUACUUGUCCCAUACGCUGAAGGACCAGGAAGGCCGGGUGGUGUGCCCUAUUCUAAGAAAAUAUGUGUGCCCACAGUGCAGAGCCACGCAAGACAAUGCCCACACCAAGCGCUUCUGCCCACUCACCAGCAAGGACUACAUAUCUGUAUACAGCUAUACGACCCGCAAUUCAGCUGGCAAACGAGCCACCCUGAGGAGGCCAUCGGAGGAGCUCAACUUGACCAAGACCAGGACCAAGAGGCUUCCUAUAAUUCCUGAAGUAAAAACUCCCACCAGGGUUUUGGAGGAAAGCAAGGCUGGCAGUGGCACAUGUUCAACAGCUCCACAACUCCACAACCAUGAACUUUAG